AAUUUCCCAAGAAGCCGAAAAAGAAAUAAUUUUGGGCAAGGCAUGUUAGGGUAUGGCCAGCUUUAUUUUGAUCCUCCCUUACUCGCAAAGUCAUGCAAAGAUCUAUCUCUGAACGGGCGAGGAAAUAUUUGCAAAAGCAAAACCAGCCCUUUCUUCUCUGUAAGUACAUUAGCACAGAUGCCUCCAUCGAUGAAGAAAGCAGCGUCAGCGGUCUCAUCUCGGUCUUUGCCCAAUAUGGUUCCAGUAAUGAUAUGGCCUUGUUCGAAGCCUCUGGAUUGCUCAACGCCGGCACUAAGCCGAACGGUCGUGCACUCGUCUACCUCAUCCGAGCUUCUAGCACCCUGGGCUACCUUUCAUAUGGCCAGCAACUUCACUGCUACGUUUUGCGAUCUGGGUUUUGCUCCAAUGUCUUUGUCUCCACCGUCUUGAUUGGUUUUUAUGUGAAAUUUGAGCUAUUGAGUGACGCCCAUAAAGUGUUUGAUGAAAUUCCUGAGCCAAGUGUAGUCUCUUGGAAUUCUUUGAUUUCAGGGUAUGUGCAAUCCGGUCGGUGUGUCAAGGCAUUGAAUUUGUUCCUUCAGCUAGUUAGGUCUGAACUUCGUGCAGACCCAUUCUCAUUUACUGCAGCUCUGGCUGCUUGUGGGCAAGUAAGCUUGUUGCAGCCAGGCAUGUCAAUUCACUCAAAGGUAGUGAAAUUGGGUCUGGAGUGGAGCGUUUUCAUUGGGAACUGUUUGAUUGAUAUGUAUGGAAAAUGUGGGUAUGUUGAAGAGGCAAUUCAAGCGUUCAACAAGAUGGUUGACAAGGACAUCAUUUCUUGGAAUUCCGUUAUAGCAGCGUGCGCAAGGAACCAAAGGCUUGAACAAGCAUUCUUCUUCUUCCAUGAGAUGGCCAACCCAGACACAAUCUCUUAUAAUGAAUUGAUUAGUGGCAUUGCACAGUUUGGCAACAUGGAAGAUGCUAUAAAGAUUUUAUCAAAUAUGCCAAAUCCAAACUCAUCCUCAUGGAAUUCAGUUAUAACUGGAUAUGUAAAUAGGGCUCAACCCUGGGAAGCUCUGGAAUUUUUCAGCGAAAUGCACUCAAAGGAUGUUGAAAUGGAUCAAUUUACAUUCUCAAGCAUAUUGAGUGGCAGUGCAGGUCUCUCAGCUCUAACAUGGGGAAUUUUAAUCCAUUGUUGCACGAUGAAGUACGGUUUAGACACGAGAAUAGUUGUUGGCAGUGCUCUAAUUGAUAUGUACUCCAAAUGUGGGCGGGUAAAGAUUGCUGAAUCGAUAUUCCAGUUACUACCAAGAAAGAAUUUGAUAACGUGGAACGCAAUGAUUUCUGGAUUUGCUCACAAUGGCAAUUCAGCCAUGGUGAUACAACUUUUUGAGCAAUUAAAAAAAGUUAGGGAUUUGAAACCAGAUGGGAUCACAUUUCUUAAUGUUUUGUUGGCAUGUUGGGAUAAUCAAAUGCCGUUGCAUACUGCAAUGAAGUAUUUUGAAUCAAUGAUCAAGGAUUAUGGGAUUGGCCCAAUGGCCGAGCAUUGCUCUUCUAUGAUUCGUUUAAUGGGACAAGGAGGGGAGGUGUGGAGGGCACAAAAAAUGAUAUAUGAACUAGGGUUUGGGUCAUGUGGGAUAGUUUGGAGUGCUUUGCUUGGUGCUUGUGGAGCUUGUGGGAAUUUGGAAGUAGCAGAGGUUGCAGCUGCAAAAGUGAUUGAAUUGGAAGGUAAUGAUGAGUUCGUGUAUGUCAUAAUGUCAAACAUAUAUUCAUGUUAUGGGAAAUGGGGGAAUGCAAGUGUGGUUAGAGAGCUGAUGAGGGGCAGAGGAGUGAGAAAGGAAGCCGGCUGUAGCUGGAUUGAGCUGGAAAAUGUGGUCUCACAUUCAUCCAUGGUGCAAUAAUGAUGGUGAUGCUGGUGGUGGUGGUGAUAAUAAUUGUGACGGUGCUAGUGAUGAUACACUGCGGCGAAGUCCCCAAUACUGUGAAAUUGGAGCGUUCAAACACAACCUCCAAAGUUCAAAGUAGCUGCAGGUCUGCAGCUGACCCUGGGAUUAAUAUUUAAAUAUUAAAUGCAAAAAGGGUUGGGCAUUACGCAUUUAAGCUUUGCUGCUGACCUUCUCUUGUGGAAUGGAGACUCAAAAUUUCUUCGUAGUUUCUGUGUUGUCUAUAAACAGAGGUAAAAGGUGCUGGUUCAUUUGGAGAGAUGAAUGAGACCACUGAGGAAGAGAUUGAUAGAAAUCUUGAGUUUGUUGAAGGCAGGCUGCCUCUCAUGUACUUGGAGGUUCUUCUGCAUCCACAAGGCUGUUUCUCUCACUGAUUGUCAUCUUCGUGUGUACAGGACUUCUCAAUUAGCCUCCAGGGAUUGUAACUCCUUAUGCAGGUGGGGUGCAGCUUGUUCAAUCUGUACUGACCUUUCAUGUGGUUAGUGCCAUUUUAAUCCUUCCCAAACAGGUGGAAGAAAACUAUAGAAAAUUGAUUUGGGUUGGGCGUCUUGAGACUGGUCUGAAGGUCACCUCCACCUCUGACAUUUGUAACCCUAGAAAGGAUGUGGAAGCUUAGGCCUUGAAAGGCUGGUGAGUGGAAUGAUGCUGUUGAUGCAGGAACAUGAAGUUUCUUGGAGACUUUAUUGAGGAUCAAAGACCAAUUAUAAUCUAAAAGGCUCUGAUCCUUUAAACACUGAUUAAAAAGCACGUUUCUGUUUGCGACAUUUUACUACAAAUAGAGAAAGAAACUGGAAAAAGUUAAAGGGCCGCCAUUCUACUGCUAAUAUUCUUUUAAUUAUCUGUAAUGCAAUUAAGCUGAUGUACUGUGGCUUAAUGUCAAGGUUGAUUGAUUCUUUAUGCGAUAUUCUUUUGCUGAACCUCC